AUGCAAAUCGCGUCGUUUAGCGAGCGUUCGCUCUCCUCGAUGAACUGCUGCGCACCUCCCCUGAUCCUCAAAAAUGUUGAAGCGUUCAUUUCCGAUCUGCCUCUCCUCAAAGCACCCGCAAGUGCCCAGCACAUCGGUGGUUAUGCCAUUCACGGUGUUCUGGAUGGACGCGCCGGUGGCUUUGCUGGUUCUGAUCAGAUCAGCCUGUUCUACGCGCCCCGCUGCGAAAAUGUUGCGAUCAGCGAAGAAUUGCGUGGCAAUGUCGCCAAUGGGGAGCUUGGAAAGUACGAUGUUGGCUCCCAUGUCGGCCAUUUUGUUGAGCUUGUCGUGCAGAAUGGUCCACUCGGCGUCGAUGAUGCUCUGGAACUGCGUUGGGUCCUUGAUGAGAAUCUCGGCAUUUUCCUUCUCUGCCUUGAGUUCCAGCUCAAUGCUGAUGAGCAAUAUUUUGGGGUUGAUAAACUUUUUCGGCUGCUGCUCGGCGCCGGCGUAGGUGAAGGUCUUCUUGAAGGCCACGCCCUUGACGAGCAUGGUGUCCCUGCAGCUUCCUCCGGUGACCUUCUUAAUUCCGAUCAUGUCCUGGUCAAGGUCGCUGUCCAGUAG